AUGUUGGCACGGGCCAAGGAGGACGGUGCCUAUGACGCGCUCUUUCAGCGUGAUUUGCUGGCGCAUCUGGAGCGCCACGAAAGGGCCGAGGCGGUGGAUGUACUCCUCGCGGCGGACGUGUUGAUUUAUGUGGAACACUUGGAGAAGGUCUUUCGUGAAGCCCAUCGCGUCUUGAAGAGGGGCGGCUGGUUCCUCUUCUCCACCGAGCUGGCGCUGGACACGGAAGUCACCGAGGGCCGUGUGGUGCGCGAGUCUGGACGCAUCGCCCACAGUCGUGGCUACAUUGAAGCGCUGGCCUCCGAGCAUUCCUUGGCUGUUUUGGAGGCAGAGACAAUCCCAUUGCGCAUCGUGGGUGCCUGA